AUGUUUGGUCUUAUACGGAGAAUAUCACAGUCAGUGAUUCCCCGGCCAGAUAGGCCCUGGGAUGACGAUGCUACGUCGAAUGCCCCAAAAACUGGCCGGAAGCGACGAUUUAGUACUACGGAGGACCUUGACGACGAUCCAACCAAUAACAAAAAGAUCAGGGGUGAUUCGCCUGCCACUCCGGUCGAGACGCCUCUUAUCGAGAAAGAGGUCAAGGCCGUGACCAAAGGUGUAAAGGAGGUUGACCUGGGGGAUAAAGAAGCUGCGCCAGAGAAUAUCCCUUUGCCUGAAGAGGAACCUGGCGAGCUUGAUGAAGGAGCGAGCACAGAUUCUAUCGCGUCCACCCCACCUGCGGAGGAGUCAGAUGCGGCGCCUGAAGAUCUGUCGGCCGUGGCGGAUGACACCCCUGUUGGCGAUGACAAGGUUGCGGAGAAGGCCAUCGAGAUCGUGAAGGUAGCUGCGGAGAAGAUGAAGGCAAAUGUUCCUGGUGACGACGUGAAGGCAGGAACAGUAGCAGGAGAAAAAACAGCUGUCGAUACAAGUUCCUCAAGAGACAUUCCAGAGCUGCCAAGGCAAGCCGAUGCUUAA